CGCGUGACGUCAUCACGUAGCUUCCGUGUCUGGCUUGGCUCAGUUGGCUGUGGCCGAAGUGAAAGCAGCUCAGACGGAAUCAGACUGCAUUAGAUUAAAAAAAUAAAUAAAACGCCCGACUUUCCGAGUCAACCGUGAAAACAGUCCAAGAGACUCCUCUAAUACGGCGAGGGGCCCCAACAUGUCCGAAACAUACGACUUCCUCUUUAAGUUCUUGGUGAUUGGCAGCGCCGGGACGGGGAAAUCCUGUCUCCUCCAUCAGUUCAUUGAGAGCAAAUUCAAACAGGACUCCAACCACACCAUUGGUGUAGAGUUUGGUUCCAGAGUGGUCAAUGUCGCAGGGAAGACAGUCAAACUGCAGAUCUGGGACACUGCCGGCCAGGAGCGCUUCCGCUCUGUGACGCGCAGCUACUAUCGCGGAGCAGCCGGAGCACUUCUUGUCUAUGAUAUUACCAGCCGUGAGACAUACAACACCCUAACCAACUGGCUGACAGACGCACGCACACUAGCGAGCCCCAACAUCAUCAUCAUCCUGUGUGGCAACAAGAAGGACCUGGAGGCCGAACGAGAGGUCACCUUCCUGGAGGCGUCACGCUUCGCUCAGGAGAAUGAGCUGAUGUUCUUGGAGACCAGCGCUCUAACAGGGGAGAAUGUGGAAGAGGGCUUCCUCAAGUGCGCUCGUACCAUCCUCAACAAGAUAGACUCAGGCGAGUUGGAUCCAGAGAGGAUGGGCUCAGGCAUCCAGUACGGGGACACUUCGCUGAGGCAGCUGCGACAGCCGCGCGGCAGCACCGCACAGAACAAGCAGCAGUGUAGUUGCUAGGGUUCCGCAUUCCUCCCCACCUCUCCAUUCAGUCCACAGGACAUCCUAUACAGCACCAGGUGUUUUGGGGUGUCGUGCAUACACCUCGGAGCACCUGGAUGAGUGGUCAAGGAGACCACUGCAACUCCUGAGCCUUGGGCUCUGGUAAGGCGUAUUUAUGCGUGAGGACACGCUGGAAUGGUCUAUAGUCCUUACCAGACAUGAACAAGUCAAGGGUUGUCUGUAUGCGCUGUCCUAUUUUAUUAUUAUUAUAAUUUUAUUAUUCCUGUGCUUCUCAUUUUGUUUUUAGUUUAAACACAUAGCUCGAAAUUUGCACAUCUGUUGUUUAUAAAUUAUAAUCGUUGAUUGGCGUGUUGCUAGGUGUACCCCUUUUGAGCAUGUGUUGAUAUUUUCAAUGGAAUUUACUGUAUUUAAAUAGGAGAUUGAAUAGUGUCGCAAAGAUGACUAAGAGCUUGAGAUUUGGUGUCAAAUUGCACUUUUAUUACAGAGGAGUAUUGGCCUUGUUUCAAUACAUUUUUGAGAGGAUUGGUGUCAUUUUGGAUCUUCAGGUUGCCCAAUCCUGGCCUCAAAGCACAAAGGUAGAGAUAAUGCUCCAGUCGGCCCAACUUUAAGUUGUACUGACGGACCUCCCAAGUCACACUCCUCUUGCACAUACAGACGUCAGAGGAAGCCACAUUUCCCACACUGCCGUCAAAAUGGUCGUACAAGAGCGAGUAUUUUUUUUCGCUUUCCCUCCCCAAGCACAAAAGCAGCUCCAAGCUCACAAGGGGGAAUUUCCUUAUCUUCUGCACCACAGCGAGCAAGCUUUGUGAGGUUGCUGAGGCUGCAAGGGUGAGAAAACAAAAACCCGCCACUCGAGGUCAGACUGA